AUGUUUCGAGCGGCCGCGGCCGGGCCCUACGAUGAGGCUAUCAAUAAGGCCACCGACGAAAACCUCACGUCGGAGGACUGGGCCGCCAUCAUGGAGGUCUGCGACCGGGUAGCCGGCGACCCGAACGGGGCCAAGGAUGCCGUCCAGAGCUUGAUCAAGCGCUUGGCGCACCGCAACGCCAACGUCCAGCUCUAUACGCUCGAGGUUGCAAAUGCGCUCUCCCAGAACUGCGGCAAGUCAAUGCACCGCGAGCUGUCUAGCCGCGCCUUCACCGAUGCCUUACUCAAGCUCGCCAACGACCGCAAUACGCACACUCAAGUCAAGGCCAAGAUUCUAGAGCGAAUGAAGGAGUGGUCCGACAUGUUCAAAUCGGAUCCGGAUCUCGGCAUCAUGUAUGACGCUUACUAUCGCCUCAAGCAGAGCAACCCAACCCUGGAACCGCCCAGCGCACCGCAAAAGAACAGGCUCACCGAGCUAGAUCGCCAGAAGGAGGAGGAGGAACUACAGAUGGCGCUUAAGCUGAGCUUGCAGGAGGAGGAGCGGAAGAGGAAGCCUGUCGAAAUGGCAGCGGGGCCGUCACAGUCCGGCGGACCCGCAGGUGCUGGAACUCAAGGCCAGCAGCAGGCAACGCCCAUCCUGCCCGUGCCAUCCGGUACUACCGCCGCCACUGUUUCGCGCGUCAGGGCCUUGUACGACUUCGUCCCGUCGGAGCCGGGCGAGCUCGAGUUCAAGAAGGGCGAUGUCAUUGCGGUCCUGGAGAGUGUCUACAAGGACUGGUGGCGGGGGUCGCUCAAGGGCAAGACCGGAAUAUUUCCGCUUAACUAUGUCGAGAAAUUGACCGAUCCUACCCCCGAAGAGCUACAACGAGAAGCUCAUAUGGAGGCCGAAGUGUUUGCCGAGAUCAAGAACGUCGAGAAGCUGUUGACGCUACUCAGUACGAGCAACACUGCGCCGAGGGAGGAGGACAAUGAGGAGAUCUCGAAACUCUACCACCAGACAUUGGCAAUUCGGCCGAAGCUGAUCAAGUUGAUUGAGAAAUACUCGCAGAAGAAGGACGAUUUCACUCAGCUGAACGAAAAGUUCAUCAAGGCCAGGAGAGACUAUGAGGCGCUGUUAGAGUCGUCCAUGUCGCAUCCGCCUGCGCCAACCUAUCAUCAAUACGCCAUGCGGCCGCAGGUGCCUCAGGGGUACCCACCCCCAGGCCAAGGUUAUGGUGCGCCGCCGCAGCCCCAAGAUCCGCAGAGGUUCUACACGCCAGCGCCCGCUCAAGAAGCAUCACAAUAUCCACCUUCCUCCCCACCCCCUAAUUUCCAGCGUCCUGGCCCUCCGGCUGCCCCGUCUGCUCCCGUUUACUUUGCCGGUGCCGAGAUUCCAUCGCAACCCAGCCAGCCUGUAGCUCAAACGUCACAGCAGCAGCCUCAGCAACAGCAAUACGCUCAGCGUCCUCAAGAGCAGCGGCACCCUUCGGGUGGGAAGCAGCCAACUCCACUCCAGACAUCCGCGUCGCCGCCUCCUACAAACCAGUACGCAUCCUACCAGCCCGCCCAAGGAUCGGCCCGUCCGCAAAGCACAUACGGCAGCGGUCCCCAAGAACUCUCGACAUCAGUCUACGAUUCGCCCAUCGCGCCCGGAAACGCCAAUCCGGCCGGCCCGUACUCUUCCUCCAUUUACAAUACCGCUGCCGAAGACCCCUACACCGCCGCCAGCCCAAAAACCAGCGCCACAGCCCCGAUAGGUUCCGCACCUCCUCCGCCACACCCUACCUCGAUGUUCCCAGGUCCAGGUCCCGUAUUAGACCACCACAACAGGCAACAGCAGCAGCAGCAGCAGCCCGGAGGACAGGGGCAUGGACACGGCCAGUAUUCAGCCUACCACGCCGCCGCCGGGGUUCCCCAACAGCAGAGUGGUGCGUACCCAGGGUAUGAGAAUACCGGCCCAGCAGCAGCCGCCGCCGACGGUCCCGCCCCGCCGCCCUCGUCAUCGCCGUCCCUGUCCAGACCCCCGACCGGCCCGCUCUCCCCGCCCCCGCUGCAGCCCAGCGGACCCGCCUAUGACGCGCGCCAGUCGCUUCCCAGUCGCGCAGGCGAGCCACAGUAUAAGGCUUAUGUGCCGCCUGGGCCUGUGCCUGGGCCUAGUGGUGCUGGGUAUGGGAGAGGAGGAGACCAUGGCCAUGGCCAGGCGCCGCCGAACGCCCCGCCUGCGGCACCCACGGCUGCUGAGGGGUAUUAUCGCGCUGCUGCUUAUUAG